CGAAGAGCAAAGAUCUUUCUAGUACAGUUUUAAUAUCCCAAACACACAGCAGACGGAGCUCAGCUAUUCAUCUACCGCCUUUAAGCACACAAAUGGACAGAAAGGCGUCAGAUGGUGCUGCUGCAGAGGAAAGCCCUGAGGAGGAAAGCUGCUCGGCGUCAUGCUCCGGGGCCUCUGGAGGCUCCAGCUCACGAGUGGAAGCCCAGCUGGCUGAGGCUAUGCGGUUAAAAAUGGAAGGGAACUCGUUUUACCGGGAGAAGAAAGUGCGUUCCGCCAUUGGACGUUAUCACCGUGCCUUGAUUGUUCUUCGUGGCCUCGACUCAGAAGUGAUGUCAACGCUUAAAGGGUUCGGGUCUCAGUUGCCCACCCUCACCCCGGAACAAGAAGAGCUUCUCAGGAGCACUCAAGUAGACUGCUAUAACAACCUAGCAGCAUGUUUACUGCAGCGUGAAGUUGUAGACUACACCCACGUGCAGGAGUACAGUCUGAAGGUUCUUCACUGGAGGCCUGGAGACGUUAAAGCCCUGUACAGAGCUGGAGUGGCCACACUAGAGCUGGGCGAUGCUCAGACUGCCCGUCAGUACCUCCUCCAGGCCAGCAGAGGGCAACCUAAUGAUGCCAAUGUGAAGAAACAGCUCCAGCGAGUGGAGGAGAGGCUCAAGAAAGACUAUCAGAAGGAGAAAGCUCUGUACAAGGGCAUGUUUAGUAAGCAGAAACAAGGAGAAGGGGAAGAAGCUACAGGGGAGUCCCUAAAACAGCUGUAAGGAGCUCUGAAGAUCAGUUCCAGCUGACAGGAAAAGGAAGGUGAAGGAUGAAAUUAAAGAGAUAAAUGCAUACCAAAAUAAUUCUGGAAUAUAUGUUGCCCUGUAGCAUAAAAACAAGCCCCAGUAAGGAUUUAAAUGAGACUACAUAUCUUGUGCCAAGAAUGAAUGUGAAAGACGUUCAUGACUGGGCAGUUUGAUGGGCAGUGAAUGUUAAUGCACUGGCUAAAGGCCUUUUUUUUUUAAGUCCAUUGACUGUGGCUGUAUCUGAUAUUAGUCAGAUUCUGUUCAGGAUUCAGAUUUUUCUGUGUUUGUUUCUGUCUCUAGAUGAGAGGUAGUCCAUGUCAUUUCUCUAUCAGCACCGUUCACUUGUAUAAUAAACUUUUUGAAAUGGUCCCUUUAAA